AUGUCGGUUUCAACGAUACGUGCCAUCAGCAUUUUGCUGCUUUUGGCAUCCUACACAAUCGCAGAUUUACCAUCUUGUGCUAGAGCCAAAUGUGUUCAUUGUGCCGUUGACUUCAUUGACAGAAUGUGUCCGACAGCGUGUGCUGGGUGCAAAGGACAACAUCAAUCGGUGUUGCCAGUGACAAACGUUCAGCGACCACCACAACCGCCACCAGCAUUCAACAACCAGCCGCAGUUCGCCCAAUCCGUGAACACUCGCCAGAUCUCAAACGAGGGAGGACCACAGAUUCAGAGACCUCAGCAGCAACAACAACAAUUCCAGCCACAGGUUCAAACUCAACAGCCUCAACAACAACAUCAACAACAACAACAACCACUUCUUAACAUUCCACUCCAACCACAUGCUCAACCAGUUCAAUUUGCUGCUCCUGUAUACCAAGGAAACCAAAUUCCAUACCCACAAAACCAAGUUCAAACUGCCACACUCGCACCACUUGUUGAGCCACCAAAGGUAGCCUCCUUUGACCCAAUGUUGAGCCGUCAGCCAGCCGAUUUGGCCCAGCCACUCCCAGAAUACCAAAACGGACAAAUCGCCUAUCCACAACAACCAGCUCAACAAGCUCCACAGUUCACACAACAACAGCAAGGAUUUGGACUCCCACAAGCCCAACAACAAGGAUACGGACAACAAGUCGAUAACAUUUUCAACCAACCAAACCCAUUCCAACUUCCACAAGCUCCUCAACAACAAAACCUCUUCGGAGCUACAGCAACCUCAGGAGCACAGGCUCAACAGCCAGCCGCUUUCAAUCCAUUCCAACCAUUCCUUCAACAAACCAACGCCGCAUUGGAUCCAUUCAAUUUGUUCAAUCUUAACGCCAAUCCAUUGGCUGCCCAGCAACAAGGAAUCAGCACUCUUCAGACGCAACAGCAGCAAUACGGACAGAACCAAAACUUUAACCAACAACCACAACAACCGCAACAGUCACAACUCCCAGUUGCUCCACAAGUCCAACAGACACAACAACCACAACAAGCACUUCCACAAACAUCCGCUUCGGUUGAUUCUCGACCAGUGAACUUUGAGAAAUACGUUGAUCCAGGAAAGGGAACUCCACUCGCUCCACCACCACAGGCUCAAUGCCCACGUCAACCAGGAUGGCAACCAUGUAUCACCAAGGACACUGCCAAUGAUCGUUUCCGUAACUGUUGCUCUCGUCUCGGAGAAGGGUGUGCUCCACUUUGUAACUACGAUGCCACGCUGGCUACUAUGCAACUUGCUGUUCUCACCGGCCGCUGCCCACUCAGCAAGGUCGGAGAUGUCAUGAUCUGCGCUUCCGGCUACCAAGAUGCUUCCCAAUGUUGUGAAGCUUACGGAGUCUUCGAACCAGGAUACGAGCACUGCCGACCAUACUGUAACCCAUCGGCUGGCCUUCCAGAAGGAGGACUUCUCACCGAGAAAUACAAGUGUCUCGUCAAAUUGUCACACAUUCAACAAUGCUUCUUCGUUUCGCAGAAGCCAUAA